UGUCUUGUUAACGUCAUGGCAUUUAAAGUUUAUUUUCCUUUUCUGCAACUACAGGCUGCUUUGCAGUUUUUAGAGGGCUAUGGAAAAGAAGAUAUAACCCUUGCAGAUCUAGAAGGGAAUUCAAACUCCUUAUGGACCAUCAGCCCUCCCAGUAGAGAGAAAAUGAUACAGGGACUGCUGGAUUUUUCAGCUGAGUUCACUGUAGUACUUUCGUGGAGCAUUCAAAGAAAUCUCACUCUUGGUGCCAAAGCAGAAAUAGCAUCAGAUAAACUUACGUUUGGCCUACCAGAGAAAACCAGAAGAGAGAUUGCUACAAUGAUGUCUGGAAAGCCAUUGGAAAAGGUAACAUUAGAAACUGUGUAUCCGUACUACAUCAAGGCUCCUAGUGAUUCUCUGGCAAAACCCAUAAAGCAGCUAUUGACAGACUGCAGAUGGGAAAAUAUUACAGUUUCCCUGGUCAAAAAUGUUUCUGAAGAGGGAGUUCGUGAGUGGUGGGUUUUGAACCAGCUUGGGAAAAGAUACAAAACGUCUGAAGAGAGCCUUGAACUCUUCAUAUUCAGUGAUAAAGUCAGUCCUCCAAGCCUUGGAUUCUUGGCUGGAUAUGGCAUCAUGGGACUGUACGCAUCAGUCGUCCUGGUGAUAGGGAAGUUCGUCCGUGAGUUUUUCAGUGGGAUCUCUCACUCCAUCAUGUUUGAGGAGCUACCUAAUGUAGACCGAAUCUUGAAGUUGUGUACUGACAUUUUCUUAGUACGAGAGACUGGAGAACUGGAACUAGAAGAAGACCUGUACGCCAAACUGAUCUUCCUGUAUCGCUCACCAGAGACUAUGAUCAAGUGGACUAGGGAAAAAACUAAUUGAUCUCUUUGGUGUCACACUGCAAAUCAAGUUGAUUUCAUCUGAAUUUUAAAGAAAAGGAAAAGCACAAUAUUCUCUUAAGAGCUAAGCCUUUUAUAGUUAGGUAGCGAUCAUUUUUCACUGAAGGAGUCCUGGAAGCUACGGCCUUUGGAAUCCAUGCUGCCUUUCAAAUUAAGGAUCAACAGUGAAGAAAGUUGGAUGAUUUGCUGUUUUUAACGUGCCACUCCUCUACAAUCUGGGGACAGCUUUGUAAUUUAAUCAGCAAGAAGUUUGCAUCCCUGUCUGGCUAAUUUAAUUUUCCAGACAAUAAUUGCCUUCAAAGAGAAAGCAAAGGAGUGAACCCACAAAUGACUCUAGGGGACCUUCCUAACUUUUUCUGGAGUCAUAUUGGAUUGUGCAAUAUGCUGUUGUACGUCACUGACUUUCAAGCUACAAGUUAUGGGACGGUGACUAGCCUUCAGGACACCCAAGACCCAGGGCCACAGUGGGAACUGAAGACAUUCUAGCCAUACCCAUUUGUAGAAAAGCAGAGAUUUUGAUGUACAAAGGACACCGUGGACAAACCUCUGCUAGCAGAAAGGAUAUAGAUUACAAUCUCUUUAAAUGCCUUAUUUUAUUUAUACAGUCACAGAAAACAUUUCCACCAAACAUCAAUGACUCAGGAAAAAAAAAAACAGCAAUUGAAACUUGACAUUUCGUCGAGGGUAACUAAAGGCUAGAAUUAUUAUAGUGAAAUAUUGGGAUGUUCUGCUAGGCCAUUUUCUUCAGAGUUACUGCUUUCCGUUAGAUGAGAAAAGAAAGUGAAUUCAAUGACCUAAGGAGCUACUUCAUUUCUUAUAAUCCUUUAAAAACUGAAUAGUGUGUGCUUCUCUCUGCUCCCCAUGACAUGCUUUUCCCCAUUUCGAUGACUUAAGGCAACCAUUGUUUUGCUGUUAGCUGAUAUUCUUCUUCCAGUGUUUCAGGUAUAGGAAAAUGUUUACAUAUUCCAAGUCACAUUUUUACAUCUGAGACGGGUUGUUGUUUUUUUUUUUUUAAGUUCCCAAAUAUAGACAUGCAUAUGAGCUUGAAAAGUGGCCUUUUUUUUCUUAAAUUACUAUUAUUAGUGACACAAAUGGCUCAUUAGAGAUCAUUGUAGCAUGAAAAUUUACAUUUGCAAUGUAGAUUUCAUUCCAUGUUAAAAAAAAAAUUAUUGAGAAAAAGAAAUCAUUGAGUGGGUAAGGUAUAUUAAAAGGGUAUACUGUGUAGUUUUGAUUCAGUAAUGACUUAAAAUAAAACACAUGUUGCAAAGUCA